UCUCUGACAGGGUCUGAGGAUUCCUUAGGCGGUCUGGAUGAGAGAGAGAAAAGGCUGCUGAUCAGUGAGAUGAACUACUGGACUAAGGAGAGGAGGAGGAAUGGCAGUGCAGGAUGCCGCCAAAAAUCCACUCGCAGAACCUCAUCACCAUGCUGUUCGCCUAAGAGGUCCCAGACCUCAUUGCAGAGCUUGCCUGCAACUAGAGAGGCUCCCCUCAUGGAGCCUCUGAAGGCUCUUUUUGGGGUAACGGAAGAGAGCCUUCUGAUAUCCCUGGUUGAGGGUCACUCCAACCCCACCUCCUCCAGCUCCUCCGAGUUGAGCUGUGCUAUCGUGGGGGAGGUGGUACACCAGCUUAACUCUGGCCUCUCAGUGGCCAUUCAGGCCAGCCCGGGGAGUUGCCCCCCUAUGGACAGUCAGGACAUAGCAGCAGGCAAGGAGGUCAUUCGGGUAGCCUCGGUUCAGAUCCUGGCCCAGCUACAGAGCCAAACAUCUGAGCCAGAGUGGGUAGGGUUUAUCGAGCCCCUCAUGGACCCUGUGACCGAUGAUGUGCUGGAGGCCAUUGUCGGCACAAUGGACAAAAUGGCACAGGACUUCAACAUCCUAUUGGAUCUGGCCAAGAAGAUGACAAUCUUGGGGUCUAAAUUUCUGACCAAUCUUCAAUGUGACCUAGAUGUUGAGUGUCCAUCUGGGAAGGAAGGGACCACUCACUUUCUCAAAGAGACUGGAUCCUCUACCAGUGUGGUGGCCAGAAAGAUUCAGACCCUCUCUAGCCCCGACUUUCAGUCUAAAGCCCUGAAGGCGGUGAGCACCAUCCUUACAAGGAAAGUCAGCAGCUCUUCUGGCAUGGCUCCUUCCUCUAGGCCUUCUAGUGCUGCUCCUAGCCUUACUGAAGCCCCGCUGAAUACCAGCUGCACAGCCCUGACAUCUGUAACCUCCACUGCCACAGUGAUUGUUAAGGCAUUUGUGGGAGGCAUGGAGACGAUAGCAUCAUUUGAAGACACAUGUGAAGCAGUUGAUUGGCCAGUUCCUGUAAAUGACCACAAAACAGGGUCUUCACAGAAGAUAACCUUCUCUCUAGCCGGCACACUCUAUGGCCGUAUACGAGCAAAGCUGAGGGACCUUUUAACUCUAGCCGCUCGAGAAGAAGGUGUGGCUAAGGAUGCUUCUCUUCGGGAGUCUUCAGACACCCUGGAAAAGGCAACUGUUUCAACUGUUGAGGUCCAGUUACCCAGCACCGAACACAGUAGAGUUCCCAGAGAGAGCCAACCAAUACCAGCUCUCUGUCUCUCCAAUCUGGAUACCAGUACUCAAGAAGUUCUUAGCAGUGUUUUUUCCAUCUACAAGUCAGAGUUAUCAAAAGUGGAGAGUAAAUCCUUAGCCGUUGUCAGUUCAUCUGAUGAGUCCCUAGAGGCUUGUUGGUUUGUUGAUGGUGUCCUAUCAAAGCUUGAUGACUAUACUAUUUCCCAGUCACCCUCACCCAAUGAAGACUUGAGCGUGAGUACUCAAUAUUCUCAACUGAGCUCAGAAGGGAGUGUCAGAAUCACAGAGUCCUCAACUAGUCUGAUUCAGAGCAUUAAGAAGCUCUCUUGCAAUGACUUUCAGACUCAGGCAGAAGAGGCAGUGAGUAAAGUGCUGAUGAGAUCCAGUCAUUCCUUUAUCACACAGAUCAGCCAUACUGGUCUUCAGAAAAGUCUGCAGGCUGGCUUAUCAUCUAGCUCACCAUCAGAGAUCCAUGUCCUUUCAGAAUCCAUGUCCUCCAUGUCCUCUGAGAAUACAGCCUCUGGAUUAGUGGAAACCUUUGUCAAAGGAAUGGCGACUAUUUUCCAGAAAAAUGAGUCCACUGACACUGUGCUACUGGAAAGAAGUGGGAGAGUUUCACAGUGCUCCCACGGGGGCUCCCAACUGGAUUAUACUGAAUUGAGUGUUAAAAUAUCAGAGGAGAAGCUUUGGUCAACAGCUAAGAACAUCUGCGUCAGUAUGAAGAACACACUUAAGGAUUUCUUCACAGGGCUGAAGCCAUCCGGAUCCGAAAGGACAGAAAUGGCUUCUUCCAAAGAGACCCUUGGGGAAAUCCUGGUUGCUAUCCAGAGUGAAAUCUCAAACUUCGGGCGAAUGAAGGAUUCCAGGGAGCUCCUUCAGAUCAAUGAUAUGGUAGGAACUAUGCUGAAGGAGAUUGAGAAAAGUGAGGAUGACAGUGAACAAGUCUGCCAAGACAUCCCUCGAACCUGUUCAUCUUUAUCCACUUCUUUAAAUGGUCGUAGUUCCUUGUCCAGCUCUUCAAAGGGUCCUAGGUCAGAGUGUGAGUUAGAGAUCAACCUCCCUGGCACUCCCAUCCCUGACGAAGUGCCUUUUGAUCUGACCUGCCCCAUCGUCAGGAGCUCCUGCAUCGACACCAGGGACUCUAAAAUGCCAGAGAUUUCUACAAGUGACCUAAAGACAAAGAUGAUGGCACACACAGAUGAACCCCUGCAUCGUAACAGUCCAAUGACUGACAGCAGCCGACCACCGAGUGCUAAAGUCUCUUUUCGAUCCUCCACUCCGUCUUUCACCAGCAAGGGAACCUCUUUGGUACCAAAGGGAGAGGGGAUUGACAUUGAAGAGAAGGAGGUGUGUAUCCCCAGCAGCUCUGGCCAUCUGAGGGAGCUCUUAAUCAUCCCGGACAUCAGCAGUGCCACUGCAUUCCCACUGCAGUACUUGAUGGACUCCAGCAAAGAUGAUGGCAUCUGUUUUGUCACCAUACUGGUGAUAAGGUUGCUAUCGGAGAUCAGACCCUCAGCCCUAGAUGGACCCUCCCAACAGGCAGCAGAUCUGACAGAAACAUCUCAGCAACUCAUCAGACAAGUCCUGUCUGAGUUCUGUGCUGCAUCCAGAUUAUCCAGGACACAGGCAUAUUCCCAGAACCUGAACAUCCAAAGGGUGUUCAGAGGUGUACAUAAAAACCUCAUGGAGGAGUUUGGCUCUUAUAACACCCUGGAAGCAGCUAUGUCCUCCCAGGACCCUGCAUUUGACAGAGUCCUGGUAAAGUCCUUGACCCAGCAGCUGGUGCAGGGACGCAAGGAGGCGUCAAGACCAGCUUCUGCUGCAACAAACCCAUCAGACCAGGCUGAGAUGGAGAGGGGGGCUGAGCAGAAAGCAAGAAGGAGCUUCCUUUGCUUUUCAAUGACCAAACUCAGGAUCAACUUCAAGCGUUCCAAGAGAGGAAACAAAAAGGACUGCCAUUCAGUCCAGGACCAGACUGAGAUUCGCUCUACUGAUGGACAUUGGAUAGCUCCAGUUGGAGAGGGUUCUCCCUCCAAAUCUCAGCCUGUCAAAAAACGAUCCUUGAUUGUCAGGGUCUUUUCAGCAAUGAUGAAGCCAUUCAGGCGCUUCACCAAGAAGAACCUGUAACCUGUUACGCUGCAUGAAGAACUACGUUUGUAACAGCAAGACUUUUGACAAGAGGAAUUUCUGCAUGUCUAACCUUUCAAAGUCUAUUUGAUCAAAUAAAUGCCAAUGAUUUUACAAGAA